UAUCACUAUCCUCUUACCAUAACCAUAACCAUAACCAACAUUUCUCUGCACACACAGUUUUUGCUUCUCAACUACUCAAUAAAACCCACACCUCUCUCUUUCACUUGCACCAUCCACACACACACACACACACACUUACUAGAUCAUAAUAAACAAAUUAGAAAUUACCAACACCAACAACAAAUUCAAUCCAACACACACACAUACAAUUCUUGAAAUUAGCUAUGGUUUCGGAAAGAGAUGAAGAAGAGAAACAGCUCUUUCAUGUAUUGGCUGUGGAUGACAGUAAUAUCGAUAGAAAGCUCUUGGAGAGGCUCCUCACUUUCUCUUCAUACCAAGUUACUUGCGUGGAAUCGGGAGAUAAGGCACUCGAAUAUUUGGGAUUGGUGGAUAUUCAUCAACAAAAUGAAUGUCAAAGAUCAUCGCCAUUAUCUUCUCCAUCUUCCACACAACUUUCUUGUCAAUCUUUUUCGUCAAAAUCAGAGGUAUCAAAAGUUAAUCUGAUCAUGACAGAUUACAGCAUGCCUGGAAUCAGUGGCUAUGAUUUACUAAAAAGAAUUAAGGAUUCUUCUUGGAAAGAUGUUCCAGUUGUGGUUAUGUCAUCUGAGAAUGUACCUUCAAGAAUCAAUAUGUGUUUGGAAGGAGGAGCAGAAGAGUUCUUACUGAAACCUGUGAAAUUAUCAGAUGUGGAAAAAAUCCAUUCUAAUCUUAUUAGUUCAACUAAUUAUAGUCCCUGCGAAGAAAACGCUAUUGCCGAAAUUGAAAAAUCUAAUAACGCUAGGAGAGAAGGCAGUGAAAUUGAUAAGAACUGCAGCAAUGGUAACAAGAGAAAAGCUAUUAAAAAUAUCUCCACCGACGUAGGUGACUAAUCUGGAAUGGCCGAGAAAUGAUUAGUGAAUUAGAUAGAAGAAAUAUUAAAUAAUAAUGGUAGAUUAGGUAGAAGAAAGUAGAUGCAAUAUGUCGGUGAAGAUAAACCGACUUAGUUAUCUAUUUAAGGGCAUAAGCCAUUUUGUAGUGUGUGUGUAAGUACACAAUUAGAGAGCUAAGUGUGUGGAGUGUGUGUCCAAGAACUGCCGGUUUCGUAGAGUUCUACACGCACUAAUGCGGAUAUACGUUUGUUAGGGUAUUUGGAUACAACAUACGAUGGGAUUGUCUGGUUUUCAUUUUGGAAAGAUGAAAAUGACUUAAUUGGUACUACUAGUAUUUAUGAAUCA